AUGCCUUGCUUCAAGGGCAUCGCAGUGAGCGUCCAUGCGGAAGGCGCCCCACUGCCAGAAUACUCAGUGCAGAAGCAAUCUAGAGUCUCACGCGUCAAUACGUACAUCCCAGUCCCGAAGCCAAAGAUUCCCCAAGAUCCAGCCUCAAAUAAGCCCGAGCCCUCCAAGUUUGCCAUCUCGAUAACUCUCCUCACACCCGGCUUGGGUGUCCCGUACUCGACACCGAAGUCUACCCCGGAGAAUCCACACCCUCAGCCUCAAAUAGUCGCUGGCCUACCCGGCAACACCUCCCAGCGAGGCACAUAUAUUGGUUCUGUCGGUCCCUACGUACCUAUCACGAAGUCCGAGAACGAGACCAUCGCUGCCUAUAUCUAUUUUGAUGGUCGUGUAAAGGAAGAGGUUGCUACUCUACUGCGUCCCGGCGAGGAGACUUGGGUCAAUUCGCGUUGGGUCCAGGUACCAGAUUCAGAAGGCGGUGGACUAGCUGAGAGAGAAUUCCUCUUCCGCGAAGUGGGAUUGGAGCGAUGGCUGAAUGGCCUUGAUCUAGAUGGCCAAGAUGCGGCGGCGAAGCUCGAGAAGCGUAGACAAAAGUUCGAGAAACGCCGUCGGCGCAAGAAGGAAGAAAAUGGCAGCGAUGAUGAUCUUGCUGAUCCGAUGUCGGGGACGAGAAAACCUUCGGGCUCACGGAGUGUAUUAAGGUACGGGGCAGAUGAGUCUUCACCAAUCGAGAAACUAUCCGAUGAUGAGGACUCCUUCAGCUCCGACUCGGACGAUGAUGAUCUACCAGAGGCUGCUGGCCAAAUUAAGGUCGCCAUGUUCCGUGUUCUAGCAUCUGGAGAAAUCAAGAGAGGAGAAUACUCACCCCAGUUUGAUGCCCAUGAUGAUGACGAGGGCAAGGAUGGUAAUAAUGAAGGCGGUGACGGGGCCGAUGUUGACCACACCACGAGCUUUGCUAAGCCAAAGACUUUGGAUCCAAAAUCGAUCAGUACGCAAACAGUCACAGGCAUAGAUGGACCAGAGAAGCCUUUUGCAGUGUUUACUUUCUUCUAUAGAGGCGAGAGACAACUGCAGAAGAUGGGCAUCCUAAAAUCCAAACAGCAAAAGGGAACUACUGGGCCUACCAAGAGACGCUCAACUCAGCUCGACUUUUCCAACCUUGGUCCUUUAAAGCCUGGCGGAACUGUUGGGUUUUCGUCAUUCAGAGAUAACGAUGGCUCCACCAAUCGAAACAAGUCCAGAAAGAAGAGUAGUGGAAGCAUUGGAGCCAUGGAAGAAGAUAGUGACGAAGAUGAUGACGAUGCUGAGAUUGUUGGCAAGAUGGACGAUGUCGAUGACAAAGAUGUCAAGACUCUGCUAAGCCCUGAAGAUGCCAAAUAUACGGGAGAACUCGCAGACGGUCUCAAGCGACAGCACUCUGCAGAGCCCCUGAAUGCAAAUUCAAGGAAGUCCCCUGGGUCAAUCGGUACCACCUCUGUCGGCGCAACUCCCCCGGCGGAAAUAGAUACAGCACCUACAGCCAACCAAACACUGUCAAACAGCGUAUUUGGCGCAAACUUGCUUGAUGAUAAUGUCGUCGGUAGUCCGCUUAAGAAGCAUAGAGCUAGCUUAUACGACACUGAUAAUGAAACUAUACAGAAGCGGUUAGGUUUGGGCCUCAGCGGAGGUGGAGAUGUUCUUGCCGCCGCUGAAGCAGCCCACGCACCUCUUCCGGAGCCCGCUAUGAGGACUGAAGAGGAAGAAGAACUAUGA